AUGCCCAAUAUUCUGAAGCCUGGGGCUCAUAUAUUCAUCGACGACGGACUCAUUUCAGUGGCUGUUAAUAGCAUCCAAGGCAAAGACAUAAUGUGCACGAUCGAAUAUGGCGGUAAAUUAGGCAGCAAAAAAGGGAUCAAUCUUCCUGGUACUAAAUGUGAUUUACCUGCCGUUUCUGAUAAAGACACUCAAGAUUUGAAAUUCGGUGUUGAACAGGGUGUUGAUAUGAUAUUUGCGUCAUUUAUUCGAAACGCUGAAGGUGUGCGUGCAAUUCGGCGUAUUCUCGGCGAGAAAGGAAGAUUUAUUAAAAUUAUAGCGAAAAUUGAGAGCCAAGAAGGCGUUGAAAACGCAGAUGAGAUAAUCAGAGAAGCUGACGGGUUGAUGAUAGCGCGCGGUGAUUUGGGUAUUGAAAUUCCCACUGAGAAAGUAUUUGCGGCGCAGAAAAUGCUAAUCGCACGAUGUAACGUAGUCGGGAAACCCGUUGUUUGUGCUACGCAAAUGCUCGAAUCAAUGACUAAGAAGCCAAGACCUACUCGAGCCGAGGGCAGUGAUGUCGCAAAUGCGGUAUUGGAUGGCAGCGACUGUGUUACGUUAAGCGGCGAAACAGCGAAAGGAGAUUACCCCGUAUUAACAUUAAUGACUAUGAGUAAGCUAUGUCUGGAGGCGGAAUUGACCGUAAACUAUCAAGAAGUAUUCCGUGAAGCUCUUCUUUGCAUGAAGAAAUCACCAGAUGUCACACACACGGUUGCAAUCGCAGCCGUUUCGGCAGCAAUUGCGUGCAAUGCAAGCGCUAUCAUAGUGCUAACUACUACCGGACACUCCGCUGGUUUGGUAAGCCGUUAUCGUCCAAUGGCGCCGAUUAUUGCAAUAACACGAGAAGAGCAAGCUGCACGACAAAUGCACCUACUUCGUGGUGUCCAUCCAGUGUUUUAUACCCGUUUGUUGACAUAUUUCGUUAAUGAGUUUAGGCGGUCAAUGCCGAAAAAUGAGGAGUGGAAGGCUGAUAUUGAUCUGCGAGUGGCUCAUGGCAUGAAAGAAGGACAGGCUCUUGGUUUUAUUAAAUCGAAUGAUUUGAUUAUUAUUAUCACAGGAUGGUCCAAAGGUUCGGGACAUACGAACACAAUGCGCAUUAUCAGAGUACCAUGA